UAAUGACGAAUUGGAAACAAAUUUGUGAUUUUUUUAAUCUGAAAAUUAUUUCCCUCUUGAAGAACGUCCAUCUUUGCUUUGAUUUUGUUUGAUCAUUCAAACACUAGUUGAAGAGAAAUUAAAAUUUACACGACCUAACGAACAUUUCUUUUGAUCUUGGUUGAUGGGUUCAUUUGAUUUUUGCUUUUUGUUGUCAUGGUUUUGAUGGGUCUGAUUGAAUUUUUUAAUGCCGUCUCUUGCUUUUUUUUCUCCCAAAUUGAUUGAUUGUAAAUGGUAAUGGUGUCUACGAUCAUUUGUGGUCUGGUCUGGUUCCUCCGAAUCAGUCGUUUCAAGUUCAGCUUCUGUGUGUUCUAAUAUUUACGGUAAAGCAUUGCUUAAAGAUUCUUUUGUUAUUGCUUCUUGUGCCCACUUUUGAUAAACUUUCAAAAUUUUCCCCCAAAUCUGUUAAUGGAAAUGGCAAAUGGUUAUCAGAUUGAUCAUGGUUGUCUGGUUCAGUUUUAUUGUCUGAAUACUGUCUUUCGUAGCAGCUUCUGAGUCUAAAUCUUUAGUGUGUUUAUGAUGUUUGGCAGGGCUUGGCUUAUUGAUAGCAGAACAAUUGCGAGGAAAGUUAGAAAUCCGACUCGAGCUUCUGCUUAUCAAAUCAAAGACUAUGGAGCAAAUCGUGAAUGCCCAAAUUGUCAUCAUUGUAUAGAUAACAGUGAUGUUUGUCAUGAUUGGCCUGGUCUUCCAGCUGGUGUAAAAUUUGAUCCAUCUGAUGCAGAGCUCUUAGAGCAUUUAUCUGCUAAAUGUGGUGUUGGAGACACAAAUCCACAUGCGUUCAUCGACGAAUUUAUUCCUACAUUACAUGACGACAAAGGGAUUUGCUAUACUCACCCUGAAAAUCUUCCUGGUGCCAAGAAAAAUGGAAGCAAUAUCCAUUUUUUUCACAGAAACAUCAAUGCUUAUGCUACUGGCCGAAGGAAGCGUCGCAAGGUCCACAAUCAACAAGGUUCAAGUGAGGAGCAUGUCCGCUGGCAUAAGACAGGCAAGACAAAAUCUGUCAUGGAAAAUGGAGUGCAGAAGGGCUGCAAGAAGAUCAUGGUUCUUUAUAAAAGCUCAAAGAAGGGGACCAAGCCAGAUAAGUCCAAUUGGGUGAUGCAUCAGUACCAUCUGGGGACUGAUGAAGAUGAAAAAGAGGGUGAAUAUGUUGUUUCCAAAAUUUUCUACCAACAGCAAAAGCAGCAUGAUCUGAAUGAUGAUGGUCUUGGUUUUGAAGAUUCUGAUACUUUGGCACUUCAUACUAGUCCAAGGACACCCAUUACCAAUCCUCCCAAUCCACCUCGGCCGAAGAAAUCUGAUAUACUUGAUGAUGUUGCUGAUGAGAAGGAACAAGACAUUAUCAAAGGAGCAUCUGAUGUCCAAGUACCUGCUGUUCAUCCUGAAGAUGAUGUGGGAUAUUCAGCAUGGUUGGCUGGCGAAUCUCAGGCUGUAGAGAACUAUGAUUUCAGCAGCAUUGAUGAUUCCUUGUUGUGCAAAGAAAUUUUCGAUUCUUCUUCACUUUUUCUCAGCAAUUCAGGAAAUGUCUCAUACAAUGGCUCUGCUCAUACUAGAAAUGAAGUGACCGGAGAUACUACCAACAACAACAACAAUAAUAAUGCGCCUUGUGGAAUUGCUGACCUUGAGAAUCUGGAGCUUGACACUCCACCGGAUUUCCAGCUUGCUGAUCUGCAGUUUAGUUCUCAAGAUAGUAUUCUUGGUUGGAUUGACAGAUUAUGAAGAUUCAUAAUUGGGCUAAGCCUCCCGAGAAUGACAUGGCUUACCACUUCAUUUUGUGCCGUCCAAGUUUCUGGCGGAAGCUGUCUGGUUUUCCCAGCAUUUGCUUCAGCAGCAUAGAGUCCGCUUCAUUGCUUUAUUUCUGGUUAUUGAAGUGUAUGAAAGUGAAACUCCAUCAAGCUCAAAAUAUGAGGCUGUGGGGUUGUUAAAGACUGAUGUAGCUGUGUGUCUUUGUGGUCUGGUCUCUAUCUAAAUGUCCUAAAAAGUGUGUUUGAUGUUAUGGUUGAUGAAGGAUGUUUUUUAAUCAGGGGAGCUAUUGGCCUUGAUAAAUCUACUGCUUCUACGGCUGUUUCAGCAGAUGAUCUCUUAGAAAUUGAGAACUAUAUGGAAGCAACAAAUGAAUCUAGCAUCUAGAUUCCUGGAUGAAACUUGAAUAUUUUAGAGGAAAUCGUUGUUGUGCAUUGAAGGAGAAUUUCGCUGAAUGCUGACUAGUUCUAAUUUCUUGAUUUGU